GGAUAAUCACGGGUCACUCUAUAAUAAUCACACGAAUUUUUCAUUCCUCAACAAUGGUAAAUAUCCAUCAGAUUACAAGAAUACGAAUCUUAUGAUCUGGGCCUCUACACUCAGAAAAGAAGAGGCUUAAGAUGCAAUGUCAGUUAACGAUGACACCAUACAAUAAUACACAGUCUUAUAGGAGAAAAAGCGACAGUCAUUCCACUAUUAUCUGCAAGUUCCCAUUCCAUGGUGGGGUCAGCGGUCGUAUAGAUAGUAUUGCACAAUCACUGUGGAGAUUGCACCAUCAAUGAUAAGAAAUCCGAUCAUUUAGGAAAUUUACAAAAGCCGCUAGAUGAAGUUGGCAUAUAGGCAAGGGAUUAUGACUUGUCAUACAUUUCAUGAGAAGGGCUCCGCUUGGCAUUUUGACAGCACUUGAACAAACCUUCAACAUACGCCACAUAGAGCCAUGAGCAACAAGGGAGAAGAGAAACCCACGACUCGAAGAGCAGCAAAAACGGUUGAAGAGAAAUAUGCAGAUGUCACAUUACGCAUUAUCGAAGACCAUGGUGAUGAGUUCGGGCCCCUAAGUCCUGAGAAGGAGAAAAGAUUGCGCCGGAAGCUGUAUUUGAAUAUUAUGGUUUUGCUUUCUGCAAUUAACAUUGUCCUGUUUAUAGACAAGUCUACACUUGGUUACGCAGCGAUUCUUGGGCUUUUCGAAGAGACCGGCAUUUCUAAAAAGCAGUACAACGAUUUAAAUACUGUGUUCUAUGUCGGCUACCUUGCCGCGCAAUGGCCGGGACACUAUCUUAUGCAACGUCUACCCUUCGGAAAGUUUGUCAGCGUCAUCGUCUUUCUAUGGGCAGCGGUUAUUUUCCUUCACUGCGUAGCGACCAAGUUCGCCGGCCUAGUAGUCCUCCGACUUGCCCUCGGUGCAGUGGAAGCUGUCAUUGUACCCGCGAUGGAAAUGACCAUCGGCAUGUUCUUCAACCGUCAGGAACAAUCCUUCCUCCAGCCCAUUCUCUGGGUGACUUGCCAAGGAGCUCCCAUCGUUGCCGGUUUCAUCGCAUACGGUUUGCUCUACAGCCAUGGCGCAGUUCUUCCUUGGAAGCUUUUCAUGAUCGUUACCGGUGGAAUCACCUUCCUCCUCUCUAUCUGGGUUUGGUUCUGCUACCCGAGUAACCCUGCCGAAGCUCGGUUCCUGACUCUGGAAGAGAAAGUGCAUGUUAUUCGCCGAGUGCACGACUCCAGCCAGAGCUCGAUCGAACAGAAGCGGUUCAAAAGAUCUCAGCUCGUUGAAACUCUGCGUGACCCUAUAUCUUGGCUCUUCGCACUACAGGCUUUCACUCUGAUGUACUCAAACAAUCUUACCUAUGGCCAACAGAAUCUUCUCACAACUUCUCUUGGUGUUUCCCAGCUUGGUUCCACGCUCGUCGCUGUGGCAGGGGGCAGCUUCGGUGUCGUACUCUGUAUCAUCGCCACCUUUGUACUGAAAUGGUUCCCAAAAUAUCUAGCGAUUCAUGGACUUUUCUGGUGUCUCCCUGCUAUCGCGGGCGGAAUCGGCAUGGUGGCGAUCCCCUGGGACAAUAAACUCGCACUCUUAGCCUGUAUGCUUCUAGCGGGACAUACGUACGGUAUCACCUAUAUCAUCGCACUCGGCUGGACGACGUCUUCUGCAGCUGGAUACACCAAGAAACUCACACGCAACGUGAUGUUCAUGCUCGGCUACAGCGUCGGCAAUCUCGUAUCCCCGCAGAUCUGGGUCCCCAGUGCUGCACCCAGAUACUACGGUGCAUGGGCGUCCAUGAUAGUGAUAAGUUGGGCAGGCACGCCCGCUAUCUUGUUUAUCAUUUGGUUUAUUCUAGCGCGGCGAAACGAGGAACGGAGAAAGUGGAUUGCGGAACUGAGUGACAGUGAGCGUGAGGAGGGCUGUGUGGAACAGCUGGAUGAGAAUGGGCAAAUCAUCCGAAGGAAAGUUGACCUUGCGAUGCUGGAUUUGACUGAUCUGGAGAAUAAGUUUUUUAUUUACCCACUCUAA